AUGGCAAAAUCAGGUAAAGCCUAUAGAUAUUCUGUUGAAAUGGGUGUACAUGCAGUUGAUGCACCCGGUACUCGAUUAACAACAAAAGGUGAUCUUUAUAUUAAUAUUUGUUUAUUGGGUAUUCAUAAACGUACACGUAUGAUGCCGCCUUAUUUACCGAUAAAUAUAGAUCAAACAUUUAUAUUUGAUAAAACUUUUAAAUCAUGUUAUGAUUCACGAGAUAUUAUUGAACGACUUAAACGAGAACAUGUUCUUAUUGAAUUACUGCAAAGUAAUGGUUCAUCACCAAUUCUUUUGGCAAGUUAUGAAACCAGUGCAAAAGAUUUUCUGUAUCCACAUUCAUGGGAUCGAAUUGAAUAUACAGGCUCACGACGUUAUGUACUUUUAAGUCGAACAAUUGAAUUUCCAGGUGUUUCACCUAGUUUUGAAUUUACACUUAAUCCAUGUUUAAAUGAAGGUAGUGGAACUAGAAAAGUUAAUAAAAGUCAUAAACAAACAAAACCAAUUGAUUCUUAUGGAAAAAGUCCAAAACGAGCAAAAUCUCCAGUAUGGAAACCAUCAUCUGCAUAUCCAAAACGUAUAUCUUCAUCAAAUAAUUCACCAAAUGUAUCACGUUCAUUAACAUCUCAUACAAUAUCGUCUGCAGUAAAAAAUGAUUAUUCACAUCGUGAAACACAAGAAAAACUACGUGAAUUAGCUAUUCCAGGAGAAGUUAAAUAUGUUGUUGAACUCGAUAAAACUAUUGGACGAAAACCAUUUGUCGUACGACAUGUUAAUGAUAAUCUAAUUGGUCGUAAACCGAAAUCACAUGUUGUCCUUAAUGAAGGUUUAGUUGUUAAUGAUUAUUCAUUAUCUCGUGCAGGAAGUUUAACAUCAUUACAUGAUGGUUCGAAUCGUUCUCGAUCAGUUUCUCCAGUUCAUAAUCGAAGUCAUAGUCCGAUAAAAGUACGAACACGUUCACCAUCACCAUCUCGUCGUCCAAUACGAUCAUCUCAAUCUUUUGAUUUUGAACAACAAGGACGUUCAAUAACACCUGAACGACGUUCUAAUUUAUAUAAUAAUGAUAAUGAUGAUUAUCAUAAUAGAGAUGAUGAAUUUCAUUCGACUGAGGAUUGUGCUAUAUGUCGAUUGCAUCGUAUUCAUAGUGCACAAAGUCAAAGAGCCAAAUCUUUAGAGCAGCGACAGUUUGCAACAAUAUCAAAUCGUAAAUCAUAUGCACCGGAUAUCUAUUCCAGUAGAUUAUCACGUCCUAUAACAAGUGCAACAUUACUACGUGAUUCAUUUCGUUAUCGUCAUCAACAAUCACCAGCAGGUGAUCUAAGUGAUAAAGUUAUUCAUACUCUUCGACGUAAUCUUGAUUCUUAUAGUGCUCAACCAUGGCAUAAUUAUUAUUCCGCUUUUCGUUAUUCCGAUGGACAUGUUGAUGAUGAUGAAUUACUUGAACGUAGUCGUCGACUUAUGGAAAAUUAA